AUGUCCACUCGAUCUGUGGUCAUCAACGUCUCGGAGGAUAUUCCAGAGGAAUGCGGAUAUUGUCGAUCAUCUGGUGUGGUAGCCGAUGUUCUAACGUGUGACGAUUACCAAGCACUGAUCGACAGGGGAUGGCGUCGAAGUGGAAAAUAUUGUUACAAGCCUAGGAUGGAUAAGACAUGUUGUCCUCUGUACACCAUACGUUGUGAAGCGGAGAACUUCGUGCCCUCGAAAUCCCAGAAGAAGCUUUUGAAGAAAGUGGGGAAAUUCGUAACGGAUGGAGCGAGAGAUGAAGUGUCUGACGAAACGAAAACAGAGGAAAAAUUGGUUAGAAAGGAGCUUCCUGUCCAUCCGAGGAAGGGGGAUGGGGCUGAUCCGUUAAAACCACCUUGCAGGAAAGCGAAGCUCAUGAGACUGGAGAAGAAGAUGGAAAAAUCAGGCAACAUUUUAUGCGGUUCAUUCCAUCAACAGUACUGGUUGGAUGACCGGCUUAUUUGUGUGGGUGUGAUCGAUGUUUUGCCGAACUGUGUCUCCUCAGUUUACACGUACUACGACCCAGAUUUCCGCAGCUUAACGCUGGGAACGUACUCUGCCCUCCGGGAAAUUGCCUUCACGAGGGAGUUAAUGCGUAUCAACCCAAAGCUGUGUUACUAUUACAUGGGUUACUACGUUCAUACAUGUCAAAAGAUGCGCUACAAAAGUCAGUUCUCCCCCUCUUUCUUACUGUGUCCUGAGACUUACCGGUGGUGUCCGAUCUCCGAUUGCUUACCGAAGUUGGAUUUUUCCAAGUAUUCGCGCCUUUCUGACGCUGCAGAAAACCCGGAGGACACAAUCGAUAUCAAAGAAAAAGUUAUGGUUUUGUUCUGUGGUCGUUGCAUGACGUACGGUAGCUACUGUUCGAAUUACCUUAGGCUGUACAACACCGAACCUGAUGAUUUCAGGGAAGUAGCAGAAUACGCUCGUUUAGUCGGUCCCAUCUGCUCGCGAAUACUUCUGUAUCGUCGUGCCCAACCUCCCUCAUUGGACGAUUCGUCUUAA